GUAGAUGUCUUACCUCUGCGUACUUGAUCUAUGAGAAUUAAAGAAUCGUUAAAUGACAAAUAAAAGAUUAUAUCUAAGAACUUUCAUUCUGCGAGUGACGUCGUUCCAAGACGUGGCCUUCUUACCAUUGACAAAUUGACUUCCUUUGUCUUAAUUCAUGGAACGUUGUGAAAAUCACUAUGAUGCUACCAGUAUAUCUAUUAAUGCUUCAACAGAUAAAUUAUUUAAAUUAUUUGUCAAGCGUCGAACAAACUAUCAUAGAUGUUCUUCGAAGAAUCAAAUUUUCGGAUGUGCAACUCGUCGUUCAAAAUCCUUACGGAAACAAUUUCGGAAUAAUCAACGAGAUCUAUAAAAUUGUGGCUCAAACUACACCAACGAGUUACAUUUUGGUGAACGACUCAGAUCCUUUGGGACUGCCAUCCUCUCAGGUAUCUCAAGCAACGCUGAUUUUAUACAUUUACGUCGGAAAAACUUCACCGAAUUUCGAACAAACGGAAAAUAUCACACGCGCGAUCGUGUCCAAGAAUCGACCAAAAAUUCUGUUGAUAACUAUGAUGGAGGAAGAAGAUUGCAACUUUGAACCACUUCUGAAGCAAACGUGGCACAAUCAUUUGAUCGACAUAGCGAUUUUAGAAUUGUCAAAAUUAAAUAGACACACAAUCGCUACGAAAGUUCAUCAGUAUAACCCAUUUACGAACGUCUACGAUCAACGGCCUUAUGUUUCGGGUAUAGAAUUGUUUCCCAAUAAAGUGGACAAUCUUCAUGGUUACCUGAUAAGAAUAGGCAUGCUGAAACGUGCAGGCUACUUAUGGUAUACGAAAAAUUCACAGGGAUACCCUAUAAUGUAUAGAGGCCCGGACGUAAAAGUUAUAAGAACACUUGCUCGGAUUAUGAACUUCACUAUCGCAGUAUAUCCCAGUAAAGACGUGUUCGCUGAUAUAGUCGAUGAAAAAAUCGAUAUGAUUAUUCCGACGUUGUCGCUUUUCGCGGACGCUAAUGCUGUAAAAUGUGAUUUCACUUUACCUUAUGGCUUCGAGAGUUGGUGUCCAGUAGUGCCGGUUAAAUACAAAUCUAAUCAUGUCGAAAUACGCUGUUUAAUCGGAAUCGCCACAAAUUUUUGUGUUCUCCUUAUAUUCUGGGGAUUAUCGGUCGUAUUGAAAUUUCAAUCGGACCUAUGGGAACCAUUGAAAAUCUUCGGUCUGUUGAUAGCUGCCACCAUCUCAUCGAGGCCAAAGAAGGCGACAGAAAGGGUUAUAUUUUUUCUCAUUGUACUCGCUUCGUCGAUGUAUUCGGCGAAUCUGUUCAUUGAUCUGACCAACAUAAGUAUGGAAGUGGACACCAUCAUAGAUUAUAACAGUUAUAAGGAGUUGGACGACACUGGAUUGACUCCCGUUAUUUUGACUGGUCUCUUCAACGUAACUUUCCUCAACGAAGACAAAUCUUUUUCUCGGUUAAAGAGAAAAGCUAUCCAGAUGGAUACUACAGAGAAUUGCGUGAAUUAUUUGGAACAACACAACAAUAUUACUUGCUUCCUAGAGACGAGAACUACAGACAUGAUAAUAUAUUCGCAUGCGCGCGAAGGUAAAAGGGUCCUGAAAACCUGCGAAAAAUUGUGUUACGCGAGACCACCGAGUGCGUACUUUUUGAAAAAACAUUCGCCGUAUAGAGACCAAUUUGUAAAGAUCAUAGUACAUUUAGAUGCAGCAGGUAUUCGUAUGAAAUGGUUAAACGAUUACAUCGGUAAAUUUCGGCCAAGAAAGACUCACACCAUGGAAGUUAAGAGUUCGUACACAUCGCCUCUCGCGUGGAAUCUGGCUUACAUCAUAUGUAGUGGAUUUUUAAUGUCGCUUUUAGCAUUUUUUGGUGAAAUUAUAAUACACUAUCUCCGCUAUGACAAGGAGACAAAAAGAUUUUUGAAAAGAACGUGAAGUUACACGUAUUCGAGACUGUGCGUAGUUGAAAUAUAAAUAGUGGUUUGGAAUUCACGUGACUAGAAAUACAAGAAUUUUUCUUGGAAAAGAAUGGCCGAAUUUUUCCAUUAAGCUCGUUAGUUUUCUCGAACUGUUUAUCCUUAUUAACUCACGUUGAGCACUUGUUGAACACAAAUCUUUGCUUAGUAAUAUUUAAACAAUCUAAUAUUAGGAUCAACUUAAUGAUCCUGUACUUCAAACUGUGUCUUGAAAUGCCAACUUAUUUUCAGCAUGUUUGACCGCGUUGCGUUGCUGUAAGUUUCGUCUAUGAAACUGAAUAAUCCUAACGAUUUAAGUAACGAAUAUCGAUAAUCUUAUCACUAAAAGCAUUUCAAAAAAUAUAUCUUGUAACGAACGCGACAAAUAUUCACCUAAUAAAGUCACGUCUCUACGUAUAAAAUA